GGGUCCCGGCGGGAGACGCGGCCGCCCCAGCGCCCGGGGGUCGUUCCCUCGCCUCCUCCGGGCGGCGGGAAGGGAGAGGCGGCGGCGGCCGGAGUCGGAGCGGGCGGCCUGAGGUGAGAGCCUGGCCGGCCCCGCUGGGAAUAUGGCGACCGGUGGCUACCGGACCGGCGGCGGCGGCAGCACCACAGACUUCCUGGAGGAGUGGAAGGCGAAGCGCGAGAAGAUGCGCGCCAAGCAGAAUCCCCCGGGCCCGGCCGCCCCCGCUGGGGGGACCGGCGACGCGGUUGGGAAGCUCCCGCCGGGGGCCCUGGGCACGUCGGCCGCCGCGGCGGCGGCCAACGAGCUCAACAACAACCUCCCGGGCGGCGGCACCGCCGCAGCCGCACCUGCCGCCCCCGGCCCCGGGGGCGUGAACUGCGCCGUGGGCCCCGCGCCGCUGAGCCGUGCCGCCCCUGGCCCGCGGCGCCCGGAGGACGAGUCCCCCCCCGCCGCCGCCGCCACUUCGGGGGCAGCGCCCGCCCGGGACGGCGAGGAGGAGCGGGACUGCGCCCCGGAGAAGAGCAAGAGCUCGGGCCCCAGCGCCAGGAAAGGCAAAGGACAGAUCGAGAAGAGGAAGCUGCGGGAGAAGCGGCGAUCCACCGGCGUGGUCAACAUCCCCUCCGCAGAGUGCUUAGAUGAAUAUGAAGAUGACGAAGCUGGGCAGAAAGAGCGGAAACGAGAAGAUGCGAUUACACAACAGAACACAAUGCAAAAUGAGGCUGUAAGCUUGUUAGAUCCAGGAAGUUCUUACCUGCUACAAGAGCCAUCUAGAACAGUUUCAGGCAGAUACAAAAGCACAACCACCGCCUCUGAAGAAGAUGUCUCAAGUAGAUUUCCCCGAACAGAUAGAAGUGGAUUCAGCAGGUAUAACAGGGAUGCAAAUGCUUCAGGUAAUUUGGUCUCAAGUAGCAGCACAUUGGAAAAGAAAAUUGAAGAUCUUGAAAAGGAGGUGGUAAGAGAGAGGCAAGAAAACUUAAGACUUGUGAGACUAAUGCAAGAUAAAGAAGAAAUGAUUGGAAAACUCAAAGAAGAAAUUGAUUUGUUGAACAGAGACCUAGAUGACAUAGAAGAUGAAAAUGAACAACUAAAGCAGGAGAAUAAAACUCUUUUGAAGGUUGUUGGGCAGCUAACAAGGUAGAAGAUUCAAGGCUCAGUGUGGAAAAAUAUUUUAAAACUACUGAAUGUUAUGGUUAAUGCUAGGACAAUAUUCCUAUCCUGUAAUGCAUUAAACUAACUAUGUAUAUUUAUUUCUAGAAAACAGUGGGUGUUUCUUUUCAAAAUAUUUCUUUUUCAUUAUCAGUUUCAAAAAGUAUCAACCUUUUACUCCAUGAAUAAGUAACAUCUUUUAGUUACUAAACUGGUAGGUUAGGCCUCUUUUGGUUUUGUGUGAUAUUCAAAUACUAUAUGGUUUGAAGUCACAACCAUCUGAAUAUAUUGCAUGUAUGGUAGUAUGUUUUCCCCCUCAAAGAAUAUACUUAGUGUUUGUUUACAUGACUUCAGAUACUUUUGGGGGAAUUACCUGCAAAUGCCUUAUUACUGAUAUGUGCAACUUGUUGUAUGUUGAUGAUAUUUCAUAAAGGUCUUUGGCUACUGUCAUUUUUUCUUUCAGCUUAUUCUAAGCAAUUUAGAAGAACAUGGAGUCACACUUUUUAUAACAGUCAUCUUUAAAAAGGAAAGCUAAAAAAGUCACUUAAUAUCAAGUAAUAGUUGGCUAAAUAUAAAAUUUAAGAGAAUACUUGAAUUGUGCUAUAUAGUAAAUUAAAAUGUACUAUUUUGUAUUCAGAUAUUGAAAAAAAUUUAAAAUCACUUUGACUUUGGAAAAACAUACAGUUGUAAUUUUAAUGUAUAAUUUCUUAUGUAGGUACUCCUUUUUUUAUAAUUAUUCCAAGGUUUAUAAGUGAACAUGGAGUAUUUUAAAGGUUGUUUAUUCAUCAAGCCUAAAGAAUAUAUAUAAUUUCAGUGACUGUAUAAGAAAAACAAUUCAUAUUUUUAACUACAUGCAUUAGAAUCAAACCAAAAUAUUUAUCCACAUUUAAAACAUUUAUAUUUACAGUAACAAAGCAGUACAUAAACAGAAAUCGUACUGAAAUAUUUUGUUAAUUUCUGACUUGGCAGAUAACACUGUGACACAGUUGUUCUCAUAUGAGAAAAUUAUUCCCCUACCUCAAAUUUAAGGACUUUUCCUCUUAACUUUGGAUUUUUAAAAACAGAAUUAUUUUGAAGAAUUAUGAAAAUUUUCUCUUUGAUCAAAUAAUAAUAGUAUUUAGACUUGUUUUAUGUUACAUUUUCAUGUUGAGUAAAGAAAUUGUCUCCUUUAAGAUACAUUAAGAAUGGUCUGUCUGAUGUUGAAUCUCUAAUAGUACACCAGUUAAUGUAUGUAAAUAGCUUGAAUAUAGUACAAUCCAUUUUGGGUACCUACCGACUCUUCACUUGCUAUGUCACUACAUGAUUCACUGUUAGAAGAUAGGGAGGGAAAUUGCAGAGUAAAUGGUGAAUAACAGAUGUUGAAUUCUGAAACUCUCUUCAGUAGCCUAGAUUGCACCCUCUCGCCUGCCACAGUCCCCCACUUCAGAAGUUCAAUCUUGAGUAAUCAUCAUAGUCACCUGGAUUGCUUAAAAGGAGUUCCUGGGUUACCACUUCUAGGUAGGUUUAAGUUGAGGCCUUGGAUAGAAUAAGCUCAACAUGUGGUGAUUCGGAUCUUAAUUUCGAUUUGCAAACAGCUCCUCGUGCCUCUUUCCUCCCAUAACUUCCAUUGGAAUCACUGAAAUUAACAUAAUUUUAGCUAUCAGCAUUAUUUCACCCUUUAGUUUUUUUUAAUAAUUAACUUUGUCUCUGGAAAACUUCUCAUAUGUCCAUAUAUAUAUAUAUUUACCGAAAAGUUCAUUGAUAGAUUACCAAACUUGAUAUAGUUGUAGAAUUACUGCAUAACGGCAUCCUUUGGGAGAAUAUUCCCAGCGUGGGAGUAGUGGUUUGCUGCCCGCUUGUCAAAGUGGCAUGCCAGGCUCAGUCACCGGCUUUGGCUCUGAAGUCCUCAUCUCCCUUUCUUUACCCUUGGAUGUAUGGCAGAAAUAUCAGUAUUGCCUUGUUUCCCAUCCGUAGUUUGGAUAUUGUGAAAAUGCUGUCAGUAUUCAGCCUUAAAAUAUAUUAGUGUACUCAUUCUCCAAAUAAGAGAAGUAUUUUGAAUUUUCUGUUUAACCCAUUGGGAAGUAAAGAAAUAUCUCAUUUCCCUCUUUAAAUUUAUACCAGGUAUUAAUGCUUUUAAAGACCAAGCCGUUUUAAAAUUUUCCCUUUAUUUCAGUUUACCAGGAACGUUUGCAAUAAUGAACUUUUUACAUAGUGGUACGUAGUACGGAUGCAGGAAGGAGCCUGACCACUUUGGCAAAGCAGUUCAUGUGCUGUCUUCCCUUCCAUCCUUAAAAUGUGCAUUUAUAUCACAUACAGGUUUGACACUGAAUGUUGAAACGCAAAGUAGGAUCUGCUACAGGUUCCCUUUAAAUUUUAUAAAAAGCAUUGAAAUUUUUAAAAGGUUACUUAAAUGUACACUAUCUUAAAAUACUUGACUGUUGUCAAUAAAGUGUUAGUUUUUGUGAAAUUAUUAGUCCCAUUCAGAAAUAUUUCUUAUAUUUCCUGGAAAUUUGUGGCAUAAUAAAGUAUAUCCAGAGUUUAUGUGUUUAUGAUAUUAUUUUCCAAACAAUAACUUUAUUAUCUUUAGGAUAAACAUGACUUGCUUCCUUGAUUUCUGGCAUAUAUUAACUUGUGAAUUACUGAAGUUAUCUGUUUCAUCUUUCUAAAAUUGUUACUGAUUUUAUUGCACUACCGUUACCUUUAGAGAGGAAGAGGAAGGCUUUCCGGUGUGUAUUUCUAACGGAAUUUACUAAAUGUAAAUAGCUUGUCAAACCUGCUCAAGUAGCUUAUGACAUAGAAAAUUAAGCAUCAGUAGAUACCUGAAGCAGUGUAUCUUUUAAAAUAACUUUAAUUCCAGUAGAAAGCAGUGUAUUCCUAAAGGUGAAAAUCCUACCUCAAUUACAUGUCGUUUAUAUUUUCUGGAUUAAUCUGGAUUUUUAUAAUUAGAAACUAAGAUGUAAGUUUUAAAGUCCACUAAUACUUUGUGGAAAACAAUGCAAGUCAAUGUAGUAGAAUGUCCAUAUGUUCAACACUGAAAGACACAAUAGGAAGGACUUUGGGUUCAAUGAUCAAUUGGAUGUCCUAGACAAUAUUGCUAUGUAAAGUGAUAGUCAUCUUUCAUAUUUUUAUAAUUCUUUGAUCUUGACUUAGUACCUAGUAAGUUCAUGCAGUAUUGGCACUUAUUUAAUAACUGCUCAUAAUGUUGUUAAUAACCUGUUAUAAGAUUCAGGCAUAUGUUUUCAUCUUGCAACACAAGAAACAAACACACCAGCUUUUCACUGAGGAGAAUUUAUUAAGUGAGGAGGAACUAGCAUUUGGGAAUUAGACCUUUAAGAUAACAUGCCAAAGUCGGUGGUAAAUGUUAUUAUAUCUAAACCAUUCCUAAUAUGUAAUAAUAAACUUUCUUUUGCACUGGAACUGUGCUCUCAUAAACAAAGGACUUCCCAUUGAUUAGGAUUGUAACUAGUAUUACUUAUCUGAGAACUAGUGACACUUUUCUUUUGUUGUUUUAAUGAACUGAAGACAUAGUACUAGUUAGACAGCAAAUAUUUUGCUUAUCAAAUCCAUCAACAAAGGCACUUCCCCCCAUGCUGUUGGUUUUCUCACUGCUGUAUAGAAUAUAGAAGUUGGUCAUUUGAUUCUCAGUGUAGGCUUGAAUCAUUGCCCAAGAAAACCUGAGCCCACGUUGUUUUUUUUAGUUUACUUAGCUAUAAUCUCACAGCAUAUUAAAGUCAUAUCCCCACCCCCACCCCCAAAUAAUUAUGUUUGAGUAUGUGAAAAAGGUAUGGUUACGGGGGUAUGUUAAAUUUGCAUACUUUUUUAGCAAGUAUUUAUUAGUCAACUGGGUAUACAAUUCUAGAUAUUACAGAAGUUUCCAGAAAAUGGACAUGGACCAGCACUUAUAUCUAGAGUGUAUAAUCUGUAAUGGUAUAUAAGUAGCAUUAGCUGGUCUAAUCUGAAUAGUUCAUUCAAAAGUAUUCCUUUUGUAUUAAUUAUCCAGCCAUUGUAUUUAAACUCUGGAUAAUAGGUACUGUUUAAUUUGCUGCAGCAUUUACUGAAUGGUGGAAAGACUGAACAUAUUGGGAUGUAUCUUUCCAUGUUUCUUUCAGAUAAUUAUAUAUUAUGAAAAGAACAUUUUAAAGCAUUUGGAGCAGUAAUGAAGUAAAAACAAUUCAAUGUAUGUCAGAUACACCCAACUGUUGAUGCUAUUCAAAUGUGAUUUUGUUAGUUUUUCUGUAUACAUUAUUGAUUACUGAUUUGUUUUUAGGUAUUUAAGUCUAAUAAACAGUUCACAUAUUGGCAGUCACUUUGGUAAUAAUAGAAUAUUAGUGAUGAUCACUUGAUGGACAUUUAUUACAUGCUUGUUUUGUUUCCCCUUCUGGAUGCCUGAGAGAUGUAUAUUACUUUUUUUUGAUGAACUUGUUUCUUGAAAGUUUUGACCAUGCUAUUCAGGGUGUUUAAUGUUAUGCUUUUCUUCUAAAUUUAAGUCUAAGAUGUCUGCUGUUACUAGUAAAGAUCAUAUGAAAGCUAAAAUUUACUGUUUUGUUGAAAAAUCAGCUAAUUCAGGUAAUCCAAUUAAUUGUAGAGAAACAUCUGAUAAUUUAUUGAUCACUUUAGUAUUGUGUAGACAACUCUCAUAAUUCUCAUUGCAUAGGUUUUUACUGGGGUAGUCAACAUGAUAAAGAUUCACUUCUAAUAUGCUUUGCAUGGAAAAUAACAAAUAUUCAAUAAAAAUAAAUUUUCAUUUAAUUUUUAA